GUCAUCCCAGUUCAAGCGAACCCUUAACACUUAAGAAAUUUUUUAUUAAAAAAAACGGCGAGAAAAAGCUUGACGCCUCGAUUAAGUCUUCGCCAUCCUAUAAAACUCCCCCAAAUUCCCCACCAAAAACCCAAGCAAAAGAUCACAGAUUAGAAACAACAAGGAAGCCUUCGAUUCGAUCCACCACGAGCCGAGCAAAGAUCCGGAGAGGAGCCAUGGCCGCCGAAUCAGGCAGCGACGCCGCGCCGAUCAGCAACCGCCCGGUGGAGGAGGAGGUGACGGUGGAGAGGACGCCGGAGUCGGAGGAGGAGGAGAGGCUGAGGUACCUGGAGUUCGUGCAGCAGGCGGCGGCGCAGGCGCUGGUGCUGGCGGCGGCGGCGUACGCCUACGCGAAGCAGGGCGCCGGGCCGCUCCGCCCCGGCGUCGACCACGUCGAGGGCACCGUCAAGGCCGUCGUCGGCCCCGUCUACGACCGCUUCCAUGGCGUCCCCCUCGACCUCCUCAAGUUCCUCGACCGCAAGGUUGGUGAGUCUGUCCAGGAGCUGGACCGCCGCGUGCCGCCGGUGGUGAAGGAGGCGCCGGGGCUCGCCCGCUCCGCGGCGGCGGAGGUGCGCCAGGCGGGGCUCGUCGGCACGGCGACCGGCCUCGCCAAGUCGGCCAUCGCCCGCGCCGAGCCGAGGGCCCGCGACCUGUACACCCGCUACGAGCCCGUGGCGGAGCGCAAGGCGGCGGAGGCGUGGGCGGCGCUGAACCGCCUCCCGCUGGUGCCGUCGGUGACCCGCGCCGUGCUCCCCACGGCGGCGCAGCUCUCGGCCAGGUACAACACGGCGGUGCUCGACGGCGCCAAGCGCGGCAACGCCGUCGCCACCUACCUCCCGCUCGUCCCCACCGAGCGCCUCUCCAGGGUGUUCGCCUACCCGCUCGCCGACAGCGCCUCGCCGCCGGCGCCGGAGAUGCAGCCCAUCCCGUCGCAGUAAAAACCAACAAUUUCUUAUAUAGAAUCGUACUAGUGUGCAAAUGGAUGAACAAAAUCUUGUACUGUCAGUAGUGUGGUUGGGCACUCUUGUUAAUUGUUUUCUACGAUUUGUUCGUGUAAUCUUGUGUUAUGUGAAUGUGAGUGGACAAAUCAUUUGUAUUCAAUAAUGCCGUUUGAUUAUAUAUUUCGUUCAAAAA